AAGUAGAAGUAAAAGAAAGCAGAGGGGAGAGAGCUAGAGCGUAGAAAAUGGGGAGAAAGAAGGGAGUGGAAUUCGAUGAGGCGGCACCGGAUGACUUCGAUCCGUCGAAUCCGUACAAGGAUCCGGUGGCGAUGCUGGAGAUGAGGGAGCACAUUGUAAGGGAGAAGUGGAUCGACAUCGAGAAGGCGAAGAUCCUGAGGGAGAAGCUCCGGUGGUGCUACCGCAUCGAAGGCGUUAACCACCUCCAGAAAUGCCGCCACCUCGUCCAACAGUACCUCGACGCCACCCGGGGCAUCGGCUGGGGCAAGGACCAUCGCCCCCUCUCCCUCCACGGUCCGAAGGUCGAGGCGGUUGAGUCUGAAUGAUCGGCAGCUUUAAUUUUAAAGGGAACUCAAUUUGGUUGGUCCGUAGGUGAAUGCUCAAAGAGGACGGACGUGGGGGACUGCCUAUAUUUGGCAGUUUGGUUGUAUUGUGGUUCUUUUGUUUUAUUUGGACUUGUAGUCAUCCACAAAACAUUUUCUUUCGUUAUGUGCAGAAGCCAAAUGUUAUUGCUUCGGCUUUCAUCUUAGAUUUAAUUGCUUGAUAGCAUCCAAACAUGGCAGUGAUCUGGACCAGGCCGUGUAUGAAAGUACCAUCAGAUUUAAUAAAAUUUCCAGUCACUCCUUGGUUGUGCUGUA